AUGAUUUCAGGCGGGCUGAGUGGAGGAGGAGAGAUUGCGAACGCCAGAAAGAAACACUUGAAGCAGUGUCUGGCGGUCGCUGGCAAAGUGAUCAGCAAAGAAAAGCACAGUCCUAGUCCAACAAGGCCUCAAAUUGUCUGGGACGCCAGCGAUUUAGGCGACGUCCUCCCAGGACAUGACGACCCGCUCGUCAUUCAAGCUAUAAUCGCCAACUUCGGCGUUAAUCGCGUUUUUAUUGACCACGGCAGCUCAGCCGAUAUUUUGUUUUUACCAUGCUUUAAAGCGUUAGGGUUCACUGUUGAUAGUCUAACUCCUGUUACAGGUGAACUCUCAGGUUUCAACGCUACCACCACAAAGCCACUGGGAGUGAUUACCUUGCGGCUCUCCCUUGGAACGCCGCCCACCUCACGAUCCGCAGACAUCAAGUUUUUGGUGCUCGACACCCCAUCAGCUUACAACGCCAUUCUUCGUAGAAGGAUGUUUGCUGCCUUCGAGGCAAGCAUUUCACACCCCCACUUGGCAAUGAAGUUCGUUGCCCGAGACAACAAAGUCGCCACAGUGCGAGGAGACCAGACGAUAGCCCGAAGCUGCUACAACAUAUCCUUACGGCCAAUGGCCAAAGCUAGCUUCAGUGAUGAAAGGGCGCUCAAGCCGGGGACGACGUCGCCAUCAGAAAGAAAUCUCGGCGAGAAGUCCAAAGAGCGUGACCAAUGUUUUUUGGUAGAAUUUGACGCUAGAGAGGAUCCGCGCGUGGAACAUGACAGACCCACGCCGGAUGGAGCAUUGGAACAUGUUGUCUUAGGAGAUGCGGAUCAUCAAACAACAAACAUCGGGGCCACCAUCGAACCAGAGAUGAAAUACAAGUUAAUCAAGUUGCUCAAGGAAAACAAAGAUUUGUUUGCAUGGAAGCCGUCUGACAUGCCAGGUAUCAAUCCAAACGUUUGCUGCCACCGUUUGUCGGUGGAUCCUAAAGCCAAGCCAUUCGCCCAGAAAAAGAGGAAAUUCGGUCCCGACCGCCAGAGGGUGAUUGAUGAAGAGGUCAAAAGGCUACACGCCGCCGGGUUCAUCAGGGAAAUCAAGUACACAACUUGGUUAUCCAACCCAGUAUUGGUAAAAAAGCCAAACGGCGCAUGGCGAAUGUGCGUUGACUACACUGACCUAAACAAAGUCUGUCCAAAGGAUGCUUACCCUUUUCCCAGCAUCGAUCAGUUGGUUGACAACGUGUCCGGAUUCAAAAUGCUAUCAUUCAUGGACGCAUACUCUGGUUAUAAUCAGAUCCCACUUCUUGAAGAAGACCAAGACAAAACGGCGUUCAUCACUCAGAACGCCAAUUACUGCUAA